AUGGCGGACAAGUACAUGCUCAGAGUGACCGCCGGGUCCGACUACGAUGAGGCCAACCAAAAGCUGGUCCAUGUCAACACCGAACAACCGCUCAGCAUUUCAAACUCAAAGCUCGAUGCUUCAUUGACUGUCCGUAUCCAAAACUACCGUGGUGAACCUGUCAACUCUCCCUCGUCGUGCGCCUACUUCGAAACCGACCCGCACAAGUCCGACCUCUACAGCAUUUCUUUCUCCUUCACGCCCAAGAAGGACAUCAACGGCCAUGAUCUGGUCUUCGGAAACGACUUUGACCACCCAAUCAGGGACAAGCUGCCUCCAGGCUUUGGACAGGCAAUGAAGAUUGCCCAGUGGUUCAUCGAUCCUGGACUUUAUGGCGAUGCGUACGCCGACGAGCCAUACCUCUACGGACCUUUCCUCAGUUCGAUCAACACAUUGAGAGUCGGAGAGAAGAAAGAGCCUGAUGAAUUAAAGGGAAGCGAAGACAAACCCGUCGUGGUGUCUGAAGGCGCCGAUGGUGACGGUGUCGAGGCUAGAAAGAAGGCUGGCUUGCCUGACGAAGCAAACGCUCGCAAGAAGCACUUCCUCAAGGAGCAGCACCUGAAGGACUUUACUUUCGAGAAGGGCAGAAACUACAGCUGCGACUUCUUUAACCCCUACUUGGACUUCAACGACUUUGCACUCAAGCUCCCUGGAUUCAGCUACAUUCCCGGCAUCACCAUCCCUAUUAUCAGUUACUGGGAUGGUCAACCUCUGAGUUCUCUGGUGUGUGAUGAGCAGAAUCUGACUAACACAAGGUCUCAUGCACUUAGAUAUGUCCUCAAAGACAGAAGCACAAACGAGGUUCUCUUUGUCAUCAUCUUCACACUGCUACCCCGCCACAGCGAGGGGCAGAAGGACGAGUCAAAGAAGGACGACAAGUCUGGCCAGAAAGACGAAGAUCUGGAUUGA